CGUAAAUUUCUUCCCGAGAAAACUCGCCACAAACGGCAGACGUUGCAGGACAUGACUCGGCCGUUAAAGUUGUGGCUGGUCAAACACAGGGACAAUCCUUACCCUUCGAAAUCUGAGAAAAUGGAGCUGGUCAAAGUCAGUCACAUGACUCUGACACAGGUCAGUUGUGGUUCUGUCAAUCGAUGACGCUGUGUUCUGUCAAUCAAUGACGUUGUGUUCUGUCAAUCGAUGAUGUUGUGUUCUGUCUAUCAAUGACGCUGUGUUCUGUCAAUCGAUGAUGUUGUGUUCUGUCAAUCAAUGACGCUGUGUUCUGUCAAUCAAUGAUGGUGUGCUAUGUCAAUAAAUGACGUUGUGUUCUGUCAAUCAAUGAUGUUGUGCUCUGUCAAUCAAUGAUGUUGUGCUCUGUCAAUCAAUGAUGUUGUGUUAUGUCAAUCAAUGAUGUUGUGCUCUGUCAAUCAAUGAUGUUGUGUUCUUUCAAUCAAUGAUGUUGUGUUCUUUCAAUCAAUGAUGUUGUAUUCUGUCAACCAAUGAUGUUGUGUUCUGUCAAUCAAUGAUGUUGUGUUCUGUCAAUCUGUUUGUGUCGUGUUGUUAUUGUUUGUGUUGUUAUUGUUUAUGUUGUCAUUGUUUGUGCUGUGUUAUUAUUAUUCAUGUUGCUAUUUUUUGUGUCGUGUUGUUUUUGUUCCAGUUUUUAUUUUUUGUGUCGUUUUGUUAUUUUGUGUGUUUGUUAUGUUUUUGUAGUGUUGUUAUUGUUUUUUGUUAUUACUUGUGUUGUUAUUGUUUGUAUUAAUUAGUGUGUUGUUAUCGUUUGUAUUGAUAUCGUUUUUGUCGUUUGGGUUGUUAUUGUUUAUGUUGUUAUUGUUUAUGUUGUUAUUGUUUGCGUUGUUAUUUUUUUCAUAGUGUUUCCAUCACCCAGAAACCGUUCAAGCAAUGUUGAUACAAAGUGGCUACUCCGACCCGGGUCCGCGAAUUGAGAGGUUGGGAUUAAAGCUUUAAAAAAUAUAUAAGUGUUAGGUUGUAAAGACAAAAUUUGGUAUCAUAUGAAAGAUAAUUGAGUGGAUUUGAUCAGGCAUGCACUACUUCAGGCAUGCACUACUUCAGGCAUGCACUACUUCAGGCAUGCACUACUUCAGGCAUGCACUACUUCAGGCAUGCACUACUUCAGGCAUGCACUACUGAAAAUGUUAGGAGGACCGUAAUACGUUAAGAAAAACAAGAAAAUAAGAUAGGACUUGUGCGGGCCAAAAGAAAAUAAGACAGGACUUGUGUGGGCCAAAAGAAAAUAAGACAUAGACUUGUGCGGGCCAAAAGAAAAUAAGACAGGACUUGUGCGGGCCAAAAGAAAAUAAGACAGGACUUGUGCGGGCCAAAAGAAAAUAAGACAGGACUUGUGCGGGCCAAAAGAAAAUAAGACAGGACCAAAGGAAUAUAGGUCAGGAGGGAAGCUUGUAAUAAAAUAAUAAGAAUAAAGAGGUUUUUGUUACCCCCCCCCCGGCCACAAAGUGGGUGCUGGCAGGCCACAUGCGGACCCGGGUCCGAAUAGCGGUGAUGCGUCUCCGGUUCUAUUUUGGGUGUCCAUUAAACGGUACGUGCCUUGGCCAUGUCCGCCAAGGUCAAGGCCACAGAUCCGGGCCGUUCACGUUUCUUAUUGAUUUCACAGAGGAGCGGGGAACUGCUCGGUGUUUGUUCUAAGUGUGUUGACGGCGGUCGUAAUGUCGUCAUGCCAUUGUUCUAUGUGUGUUGACGGCGGUCGUAAUGUCGUCAUGCCAUUGUUCUAUGUGUGUUGACGGCGGUCGUAAUGUCGUCAUGCCAUUGUUCUAUGUGUGUUGACGGCGGUCGUAAUGUCGUCAUGUCAUUGUUCUAUGUGUGUUGACGGCGGUUGUAAUGUGUUUGUUCUACGUGUGUUGACGGCGGUCGUCAUGCCAUUGUUCUAUGUGUGUUGACGGCGGUCAUAAUGUGUUUGUUCUGUGUGUUGACGGCGGUCGUAAUGUGUUUGUUCUAUGUGUGUUGAGGGCGGUCUUAAUAUGUUUGUUCUAUGUGUGUUGACGGCGGUCGUAAUAUGUUUGUUCUAUGUGUGUUGACGGCGGUCGUAAUGUGUUUGUUCUAUGUGUGUUGACGGCGGUCGUAAUGUGUUUGUUCUGUGUGUGUUGACGGCGGUCGUAUGAUGUGUGUUCAUGUGUGUUGACGGCGGUCGUUAUAUGUUUGUUCUAGCUCUUCGGUUGUGAUGGCGGUCUUAAUAUGUUUGUUCUAUGUGUGUUGGCGGCGGUCGUAAUGUGUUUGUUCUAUGUGUGUUGACGGCGGUCGUAAUGUGUUUGUUCUAUGUGUGUUGACGGCGGUCAUAAUGUGUUUGUUCUGUGUGUGUUGACGGCGGUCGUAAUAUGUGUGUUCAUGUGUGUUGACGGCGGUCGUUAUAUGUUUGUUCUAUGUGUGUUGAGGGCGGUCGUAAUAUGUUUGUUCUAUGUGUGUUGACGGCGGUCGCAAUGUCGUUACUCCUUUGGUUGUAAUGUCGUUACUCCUUUGGUCUUAAUGUCUUACUCCUUUGGUUGUAAUGUCGUUAUUCCUUUUGUCGUAAUAUCGAAACUCAGUUGUUGUAAGGCCAUCUGAUGGUGUCCUGUGUUUCCUCAGUUGUUGGAAGGCCAUCUGAUGGUGUCCUGUGUUUCCUCAGUUGUUGGAAGGCCAACUGAUGGUGUCCUGUGUUUCCUCAGUUGUUGGAAGGCCAUCUGAUGGUGUCCUGUGUUUCCUCAGUUGUUGGAAGGCCAUCUGAUGGUGUCCUGUGUUUCCUCAGUUGUUGGAAGGCCAUCUGAUGGUGUCCUGUGUUUCCUCAGUUCUUGGAAGGCCAUCUGAUGGUGUCCUGUGUUUCCUCAGUUCUUGGAAGGCCAUCUGAUGGUGUCCUGUGUUUCCUCAGUUCUUGGAAGGCCAUCUGAUGGUGUCCUGUGUUUCCUCAGGUCAGCAACUGGUUCGCUAACGCGAGAAGACGUCUGAAGAAUACGGUCAGGGGCGACAACUUCACAUGGGCCAAACGGAUUAAGGCAUACAACAAGUGUGCAGAGGGAAAUGUUGAGCUCCUGAGCUUACCCUCCUCU